AGAAGGUGUAGGGUCUAGAAGCAUCCGUGAUGGAUUUCGCUCCCUCGUCUUCUGCUCCUAGUCACACUUGACAGUUCAGCUUCAGCUCCUCCCCCACCAUCUCCCUCCUCGCCGCCGGCCCCCAUUUCUCCCGCGUCCACUUCGAGCGGCGGCGCGCGUGCCGUACCGAUGGCUAUGGUCCCCUCGGGCUCGGGCGGUGGGCCGCCGGUGAUUGCGGAGGUGGAGAUGAACGGCGGCGCCGACUCGGGCGCCGCCACGGUCAGGGCCACCGUCGUGCAGGCCUCCACCGUGUUCUACGACACCCCGGCCACUCUAGAUAAAGCAGAGAGGUUGAUAGAGGAGGCUGCUGGGUAUGGUUCACAGUUGGUUGUGUUCCCAGAAGCUUUUGUUGGCGGCUAUCCUCGUGGAUCCACAUUUGGCUUUGGGGCCAACAUAAGCAUUGGUAAUCCAAAAGACAAGGGGAAGGAAGAAUUCCGGAAGUAUCAUGCGGCGGCAAUAGAAGUGCCUGGCCCAGAGGUGACACGCUUGGCUGCUAUGGCUGGAAAAUAUAAAGUAUUUUUAGUGAUGGGAGUGAUUGAAAGGGAAGGUUACACUCUGUAUUGCUCGGUGCUCUUCUUUGAUCCUCUAGGACGGUACCUAGGUAAGCACCGAAAGCUCAUGCCAACAGCAUUAGAACGAAUAAUAUGGGGAUUUGGAGAUGGAUCAACAAUUCCUGUUUAUGAUACUCCACUUGGAAAGAUCGGAGCCCUAAUUUGCUGGGAAAAUAAAAUGCCACUGUUGCGGACAGCACUUUAUGGUAAAGGUAUUGAGAUAUAUUGUGCUCCAACUGCUGAUUCCAGACAAGUUUGGCAAGCCUCCAUGACUCAUAUUGCCUUAGAGGGGGGAUGCUUUGUCCUGUCAGCAAAUCAAUUCUGCCGUAGAAAGGACUAUCCUCCACCACCGGAGUAUGUAUUUUCUGGUUUAGGUGAAGAGCCUUCUCCAGACACUGUUGUCUGCCCUGGAGGUAGCGUCAUCAUUUCACCAUCCGGAGAAGUCUUGGCAGGUCCCAACUACGAAGGGGAGGCGCUGAUUACAGCUGAUCUAGACCUUGGAGAAAUCGUGCGAGCCAAGUUUGAUUUUGAUGUGGUGGGCCACUAUGCUCGACCUGAGGUCUUGAGCUUGGUAGUGAAUGACCAGCCGCACCUCCCUGUGUCUUUCACUUCUGCCGCUGAGAAGACGACAGCCGCAAAAAGUGACAGCACUGCAAAGCCCUACUAAGCAAGAUAAUCAGAGUCAAUCGCAAAACUGAUUACUGUCACUAGACGGUGAAUCAUUGGCUCCGAUCGUUCAUGCUUGACGUCCCUGUCAUCCCCUUGCUUGUAAAUUGCAGUCCAGAACAAACUUCUGAGGUCUGUAGAACUUGCCCCUUUUAUGCUGUGUAUCUAUCAAGGUAGGUGUCAGAUCAAACUUGGUUCCCCUCCAUAUCAAAUAUGAGUAGUGCAUGAACUGGCACUACGAUGGUUUCACUGUCACACAUGUGGUUAUUUUACGUUCUACUCCCUUGGUGCCA